AUGGCGGCAUCUUCUCACCACGAAACACCGGACAGCGGCGAGGUGUUUGAGGACCACGAGUUUAACAAGAACAACGCUGGCAUCACAGAUGAUUGGAUCUCGAUCAAGCAGCUGUACUCAGCUGGUGUGAACCAGCCGCUGCUGCCGGAAGCAUUCUCGCGCGAGCAGUUCGGCCAGGGCAACCACUAUGAAUGCUUCAUGAUAUCGGCACUUGCAACGCUGAUCCGCUUCCCGGAUGUGAUCCGCAACUGCUUUGUGACGAAGAAGGUGCGCCAGGAUGGUCGCUACACGUUCCAGUUCUUCCGCGGACAGGAGUGGGUGAGGGUCGAGAUCGACGACCGCAUCGCCAUGGAAGAAGGUGAGGUGCUCUAUGUUCGUUCCCCGACCGAGCACUGGUGGCCGCUGCUGCUGGAGAAGGCGUACGCGAAGUUCUACACCGCCUACGACCACCUCGAGGGCUGCACCCUUUUAGAGACAUUCCACGAUCUGACAGGCAACCCGGUGCUGAACAUCCCCAUGGACGCCAAGCUGGCCAAGGCGGCAAACUGCAAUGUACUUGAAGGGCGCUAUUGGCUCGACUUAGCGCAGCGCAUCCAGUCUGGCGAGUUUGUCGCGUCAGCUCUCACCAAGGAUGUGGAGGUGGAGACCAUGGGCCUGCAGCGCGAUCAACAGUACGGCAUCCUCAACAUCUUCUCCCUCCACGGCACAUCGGCGCUGGAUGACAUCGUAAUUCAUAUGCACAACCCCUUCGAAGAUGACGAGUUUCGCUACACUGGCCCCCUCAACACGCAAGACUCAGCGUGGUCGGAGAAGCAGCGCGUCAAGUACGACGUCGGCAACCCGCGCUCCAUUUUCCUGCCGCUGAACAUUUUUCUCCGCAUCGUCAACUCGAUGCAGCUGUGCUACAUCAGCACCGUCGUCUCGGAUGCGACAUACUUUGAGGACGAGUGGAAGGGUGAGUCGGCCGGCGGAAACCCGAAGUACGUCACUUGGCGCAAGAACCCGCUCUAUUACAUCAGCAAUCACGGCACGGAGGCGGUGACGCUCUCCUUUGUGGUCAAGCAGGAGGACCAGCGACACCUGAAGGGCCCGGAGGAGAUAACCACGUACAAGCAGUGUGGCAUGAUACUUUCCCAGUGCUCCUACCCCUACCCGAUCCCGACCUUCUGGGUGACCGGUAACAACCACAAGCACAUUCACAAGAGCCUUCUCCUCAACUCGCGCGAGGUGGCGAGCAGCGUCAUCGUUCCGCCGCAGUCACUCUGCUACCUUGUGCCAUCCUGCAUGCAUCAAGGCGAAGAGGCCAAGUUCCUGCUGUCCGCCCACCGCAUGGUCCACGAAGACUACAGCAACGUCACCAUGAAGAAGCUCACGGUGCCCGAGAUGGACUGGGAGAACCCUGCCACAGGAACGGUACAGCUGCAGAUGCGCACCAAGGACCGUCUCGACUUCUACGUCGAUGAGCCCGCCGACGUCCACAUUCUUCUUCACCAAACAAAGCCCUACGUGAGCAAGUCCGGUGGUGAUGCCAUUGCGCAGGACUACAUGGGCAUGUACCUCUACGACGACACGGACCGCAAGAUAGCCGGCGUGCACGCUGCCACGAACUUCCGUGAAACGAGCAUCAUCCACCGCCUCCCCCGCAGCGGUCGCUAUGCCAUCUCCAUCACGUGCCCGCGCGGCACGGGCCACAUACCCGCCAACGUCACUAUUGUGUCUUCCUUUGGCAGCCAUAUUCGCCGCGUCAAUGCACCAGCGGACGCCACCGUACUGCCAGAUGAAGUGGAAAGCGUUGCAGAUAGUGAAGACGUAGACACGCGAGCCGCUCGCAUCGACUACAACCCGUUCCAGGAACCGCUAGUGGAUGUGUGUGAGCACCCAGACAGUAACGUGCCAUUUGAGGAUCGUGAAUUUAUGCUGAGCAACCGAGAUGCGACAUCGGAGCCGUGGGUGCACAUUGGCGACCUUUACCCCGAAGGCAAGGCGAAACCGCUGCUGCCGGACGAGCUGAGUCGCGACCAGUUCGGGCAGGGUGCGAUGUACGAAUGCUGCUGCCUUACUGGGUUCGCCACUCUCAUCGAGAACCACCCCGACGUGAUCCGCAACUGCUUCAUCUCGAAGAAGCCGCGCAAGGACGGCCGCUACACGUUCCAGUUCCACCGCUACGGGCAGUGGAUCAAGGUGGAGAUCGACGACCGCAUUCCGAUGGUGAAGGGCGACACGGUGUUCUGCCGCUCGCCGACGCACCACUGGUGGCCGCUGCUGCUGGAGAAGGCGUACGCGAAGUUCUACACGCGUUACGAGAACUUGGCGGGUUGCUCGCUUGGUGAAAUGUAUCACGACUUCACUGGGUGCCCUGUCAUGAACACGCCGCUGGACGAACUGACAGCAACGUCGGUCGGGCUCGAUAUAACAUCUCCCGUUUACUGGGUGGGGCUGCGUGACGAGCUACGCACGACAGCCCUGGCGGCCCAAUGUGGCGACAACACAGAGAGUCUCGGCCUAGCACCUCACCAGUUUUACGGAGUCCUUGACAUUCUACCCACCUCUUCUCCCCCUCGUACCCUUAGCGAGGUCGUUGUGCAGCUGCACAAUCCUUUCGUGGAGAUUUACACUGGCCCCAUGUCCGACCCGGCAGAUCCGCGGUGGGCGUCGCGAGAGAUGCGCCACUGCCACGCCACGCAGAAUACCAUCUUCGUGCCAGUCGACGUCUUCUUGCGCUCUUUUUGUACCAUCGCGCAGGCUCAUCUUCGCGGGCUCAUGGAACCGUGCUGGAGCUUCCACAGCGAAUGGGGUGACGGCACGAAUGGUGGCAACCCGUCGCUGCUCACGUGGCGCGAAAACCCGCUAUACAUUGUUCGCAACACACGCAGCGAGGCAGUGGAGGUGAUUGGCAUGAUACGGCAGCCGGACAAGCGGCACCAGUUACACGUGUUGCCCGAGCUGAGUUACGUGCGGUGCGACCUCCUCCUCGCACAGAGCAUGGAGACGGAUUCGAUUCCGACGUACCUCGUCACCCACAACAACCACCGAGUGGUGCACAAGCGCGUCUUCCUCAACUAUCGCGAGGUGGCGAGCAAGAUUCGUGUUCCGCCGCAGUCACAGUGCUACCUUGUUCCAACAGCCAUGUACCAUGAGAAGAGCAUCUUUCUGCUCUCGUACUGGUUCCGGACACCAGCGGACGAGGGCGCGGUGAGCAUUGAACGCCUUCGCGUCAACGUCGCACGCGACUUGCCGGCUGUCAAGCACUUCACACUGGCGCCCGAAGGGAAGGAUAGAGUCGACUUCUUCGUCGAUGUGCCGACGGACGCCCAUAUUCUUCUCUCGCAAUGGAACCGCGACGCGCGUGGCGGUAGCGACGUGCGCACCGACAACUACGUUGGCAUGUAUCUCUACGAUGACGCAACCCAGCCGGUGGCGCAGGUGUCGGCGGCGUCGAAUUUGAAGGAAAUCAGCCUGGUGACGCACCUGCCUGCUCACGGCCACUACGUACUCUCCAUUACGUGUCCGGCGGCGCGCGACGAGGAGGUGAAGUGCCGAGUUGAAAUUGUGUGCGUCGAGAUGGCACGAGUGCGCAUCGCAGACGUGUACGAGAACCCGCCGAGCUCUGAUGAGCUCGAGGAGGAGCCCCCGCUUGCACUAGUCGACAGUGAUACGGCACGGGGUGAUGCUCGCAACGGCACUCAGUCUGUGGAGGCAGCCGUGGAGACGCGACCGCCUGCAAAUACGGAGGCGGAGGAAAUGGAGAAGACGCCGUCGCUCUCGUUUAUGCGUCCGCGAUACAGGGGGAUCUUGACGGAGGACCUCCCGCUCAUGGAAGCCCCCGCCUUUGCAAAGAUGGCGGAGGAGAGAGAGCAGCUGAAACGACACGCUUCGCAGCACGCGGCACACAUAAACUCUCUCGAGAAUAAGAUGGAGGACAUGGCAACGAGAAUGGCCGAUGACAUGCACGACCAGGAGCGCGCUUUCCUCGGAGCGGAGGUGGAAGGGGUACCGCUGGAGCUGCUUCCGUUGUGCGAGGACGAGGAAUUUAUUGGGCUAGAGCACGAGGUACGAGUUGCCAUGAAGGAUCUGCAGAAGAAUGGUGACGACGUCGUGGCACUGCGCAAAACGCUCGAGGAGCGGGCGAGAGAGAUGGCAAGGAAGGUAAAGGAAAGCGAGCGCAAUCUCUUCCUCAACCCCAUGCCUUUGGGAAUCUCAUGUGAUGAUUUACCGCUUGACACCGACCCAGAGUUCCACGCGCUCGAGGUGGCGCGGCUGCGCGAGCGCCUGGAGGAGUCGUGCGACGAGGCGAAGAUUCGCAAGCUGAACGACGCCCUCAACGACCGUGCCGAGGACUUGGCAACGGCGAAGCUCGCGGCAGACCGGCAGUAUUUGAAUCCAGAGCAUCUGCGCGUCGCGGUAGAGGAGCUACCGCUGAACGAAAAUCGCAACUUUAUUCUCAAGGAGGCACUGCGACAGGAAAAGCUGAAGAAUUCGCGCGAGUGCGCCGCCGCUAUCGCUACGUUGGAGAGUGAGCUGAAUAAAAUGGCGAAGGGGAUGGCGGCAGAGAUGCUGGCCAAGCAGCGCCCCAGCUACCUCGCACCGGAACACCAGGGACGGCGCAUUGAGGAUCUGCCGCUCAACGACAACGACGACUUCAUCGAGAAAGAGCGAAGGCGACGUGACUUGUUGAAGCAGCCCAGUACGGACAUGGACGCGGUGGCGGCGAUUGAAGGCGAGCUGAAUACAAUGGCGGAUGCGAUGGCGAGAGCGAUGAACGCAGCAGAGCGCCAACAGUACAUGAAAGCUAGCUACUAUCACAAGACCCUGAGUGAGCUACCUCUGAAUACUGAUCCCAUCAUCACCAGACUGGAGGCUCAACGCGCACGACUAAAGCGCGACCCGGUGCGAAACGCAGAAGCCGUUUACACGACUGAGGCAGCGAUUAUCAGCCGUGCUGAGACUCUGGCAAGGGCGAUGAUCAGUGACGAACGCGCGAGACUCUAUGGCAAACCGAGUGGAGUGCCCGUCAACUUGCUUGACCUCGAUGACGACCAAGUCAUCCGACGUCUCGAGGAGGAGCGCAUGGAGCUCUUAAAGAUGCCCAACACGGACCCCUGCGCCAUCGCCAGCAACGAGGAGAAGUUGAAAGCCCGCGCGGCAAAGAUUGCAGAGGACUUUUGUGAUAACAUGCGGGCCCAAAUCACGGGUGAAGUGCGCCGAAGCCCGUCUGUUAUGUCCAUCAGCAGUGACGCACCGUGUCAAGACCUGGAGGAAAAGCUCUACGCUCUCAUGUCCGAGGAUCCCAUCGCCAACGAGGACCAGAUCAGCGAUAUCAAGGAUGCCGUUCGCAAGCGACACGCUGAGCUAAAACGGCAGGCCGUCCUAGUACUGCGCGACUUCCUUGACGAGAAGCCCUUCGGCAUCCCGUUGACUGAGGUAGGUCAUGACAACGAUCCUGAAUACAUGGAGAGAGAGGAAAAGCUAAAGAAGGGCCUGGUCAACAAGCUGCCUGCAGCGCAGAUCACGUCCAUUCAGGAAGGCAUGCAAAACCGCGUGAACGAGCUGGCAGCGGAGGAGCUAGCGCGACGCUACCCAUUCAUCAACACACGCCCAGCUGACAUCACUCUCGCCGAGCUGCCGGUCGUAGGCACAGACCAACCUUUCUGGAAAGCCAUCGACAACUUUGAAAAGGCGAUGGCACACCACACGACGACCACGUCUAAGCUAAACGCCUACGAAAAAUCUGUGAACGAACGACUAGACGAAAUCGCACAGGCAACCAAAUGGAAAGCGCGUGAGGACUUCCUUGACUCCAGACCAGGCAACGUACCUGUGAAACUAAUUCCACUCGACAACGAUCCUCCAUUUGUCGCCCUCGAGACAAAGCGCCGCAUCAGCAUACAAUCCGGCACAGACCUCAACUCGAAGGAAAUAAACAGCCUUGAAAACGAUCUAAGGACUCGCGCGCGCGACCUUGCGUGCGAGAAGAAGUGGGCGGACCGCGACAGGGUGCUGGACCCGAGGCCGGAGGGCGUGCCGCUGCGCUGCAUCCCGCUGGACGAGGACGCGGAGUUCGUGGCGCUGGAGGACCAGUGGCGCGACCUGCUGCGGGACCCGGAGCGCGGCAGCGCGCCGCUGAAGGACCUGGAGAGGCGGAUGAACGACCGCGCGCACGACCUUGCGUGCGAGAAGAAGUGGGCGGACCGCGACAGGGUGCUGGACCCGAGGCCGGAGGGCGUGCCGCUGCGCUGCAUCCCGCUGGACGAGGACGCGGAGUUCGUGGCGCUGGAGGACCAGUGGCGCGACCUGCUGCGGGACCCGGAGCGCGGCAGCGUGCCGCUGAAGGACCUGGAGAGGCGGAUGAACGACCGCGCGCACGACCUUGCGUGCGAGAAGAAGUGGGCGGACCGCGACAGGGUGCUGGACCCGAGGCCGGAGGGCGUGCCGCUGCGCUGCAUCCCGCUGGACGAGGACGCGGAGUUCGUGGCGCUGGAGGACCAGUGGCGCGACCUGCUGCGGGACCCGGAGCGCGGCAGCGUGCCGCUGAAGGACCUGGAGAGGCGGAUGAACGACCGCGCGCACGACCUUGCGUGCGAGAAGAAGUGGGCGGACCGCGACAGGGUGCUGGACCCGAGGCCGGAGGGCGUGCCGCUGCGCUGCAUCCCGCUGGACGAGGACGCGGAGUUCGUGGCGCUGGAGGACCAGUGGCGCGACCUGCUGCGGGACCCGGAGCGCGGCAGCGCGCCGCUGAAGGACCUGGAGAGGCGGAUGAACGACCGCGCGCACGACCUUGCGUGCGAGAAGAAGUGGGCGGACCGCGACAGGGUGCUGGACCCGAGGCCGGAGGGCGUGCCGCUGCGCUGCAUCCCGCUGGACGAGGACGCGGAGUUCGUGGCGCUGGAGGACCAGUGGCGCGACCUGCUGCGGGACCCGGAGCGCGGCAGCGUGCCGCUGAAGGACCUGGAGAGGCGGAUGAACGACCGCGCGCACGACCUUGCGUGCGAGAAGAAGUGGGCGGACCGCGACAGGGUGCUGGACCCGAGGCCGGAGGGCGUGCCGCUGCGCUGCAUCCCGCUGGACG